AUGUCUUCCGAGGCCGUUAUGGAACCGUUAUGCGCACGGGGUCACGCCCGGAAAUUGGGCCAUUUGGAGAACUAUUUCGCGCUUGCUCAGCGCCAGGACCUGUACACGAAUUUCGGGCUGUUCUGCGAGCUGGACCGCAGUUUUUCCCCGCGCCAGCUGGCUGCGGCGUUAAGGUCUUUGUGUCUGGAACACCCGUUGCUGCUCCACACAGUGGUGGAGAAGACCGGGAGCCAGUCGGCGAAGGAACUCGACCAGGCCGACGGACAUCUGCCCACCGGGCCCUCCAACUUCUACCAGACCGACGAGUAUCUCUCCCAAACGUGGCCGGACCACGACUACAUCCGCGUUCUGGAACAGGUGUGUCUCCAGGACGUCCUGCUCAAUGGCCAGGCCGAGUACGCCGACGUUGUCGCCCAAGUACUCGCGGAGUUUGCCCGUAACGGCGGCAACUACUCCAGCACCGUCUUCGAGCCGCUCAGUCACGUGCGCAUCCCGUACAGUCACGUGUCGCGGCCCAACUGGCGCGUGCUGUUGUUUCCCGACGGCGCCGACGCCGGCGCCAGCCGCCACUUUCUGUUCAUGGCCAACCACUGCUGCAGCGACGGCACCUCUGCCGCCAACUUCGUGCACGACGUGCGUGCCCGGCUCCGCGCCGAAGACAACACCGAUCUCGGCCCCGGCGUCGGGAACAACCCAGUUCUCUUCCGCUACUCCCGGGACCACGCGCAGUUACCCCGCCUCCCCGCCCCCAUCGAAACUAACGUUGAUUACGUCACCCCCAAGUCCUACUUCGCGCGAAUGGUCGCCAACCAGCUGCUUCGCGAGUACGUGGGCUACAAGUCCGCGGGUCCCCCGAUCCAACGGGUUUCCCAACCGCACGGUAACCAGUUCUACAGCUACUUCCUCAAGUUGUCCCCGCAACAGACCCAGCACGUGAAGGCACGGCUGAAGCAUCGGCUGCACUCCAAAUGCACGCUUACGCCAUUCAUGCAGGCAUGCUGGUUUGCCGCGCUGCACAAGUCGCACAAAGUAUUCACGCACUCGUUCUCGCAACAGCUCACCAAUAUCGUCGUGGCCAUGAACACCGCGAAGUUGGUGCCCCACGACGAUGCCAAGCUGGUGCGCGAUUACCGAUACGGCUGCAACGUGGGCGGGUCCCAUUACAACUAUUCGAUCUCGUCGUUCGACGUGGCAGACGACCCACCGGCGCUGUGCAGACUGGUGGAAUACUACCGGGACGUUUUCCAAGAGGCCCAGCGCAAGCGUCACUAUCUGUAUCCGCUGGGCGCGCUGAUGCAGGACAGCCUGUACGAGUCGCGCAACGUGGAUCGGGCCAUUGUUAGCGGGAUUCUGGGCAAGCCACGUCUGGGAACCAUGCUGAGCAACCUGGGGUAUUUCCCGCAAGCGAGCGACCAGCACCAGUACCAGUACCAGAUCCGGGACCUUAUCUUUGCCCAGACCACCGGCAGUUUCCGGUACACGUUUGACAUAAAUUGCUGUGCCACGGAUGUCGGGGGUCUCAAUUUGGUGCUUUGCAUUGCAGAGGGUGCGGUUGCAUGCCGCGAGGACUGGAACCAAGUGUGCGAGCUGUUCAAGAGUAUUAUGUUGGAGUUUUGA